CUGCUUUUAAGCCUUUUUUCUCUCGCUAUCGUUGUGCUUUUGUCGCAUUAUAUUUUUGAAGUAUGGCGCUUUCACUAGACGUCAACUCCACCAUUCUAUAUUCCAACAACUGGAGGAACGGAUCGCUCUUCCCCCAACUUCAAAGUUUCAAUAACCUAUCCGAGUACAUCACUGUAUACAACGGGAAUUCCCAAGACCAAGGUCUGGACCUUACCAUAUUAGCAAACAAUAUAGCACUCCUCACUUUCAACGCCAGUGGCUUUAACACGUCGCCGAGUUUUGGUGGUGACAAUGUCUCACUGGCUAGCACCUUCGCUCUCGCAGAAACGCUAUUCGACCCCGAUCUUCGCAGAUUUCCGAUCACUUGUGUAUAUCCUAUCAGUGGGCAAUAUGACACCUUGAGCAGAGCUUUGUUUUAUGUGUUGAUGAUUUUCUCUCUUGUGUUUAGACGACACAUUUGGAUCUCUGUAGCUGCAUUGGGAGCAGCAAUGGUUUAUGCCGCUACAUCUGCAGUUCAUCUCCUCGCUCUCGUCUCACAAUUUGGGUUUAAUCCCGAUGCACCAGAACUGAACACGAGUUCAGCCCAAGCUUACGCCGAUCUCGAUUUCAUUGGAAUUCUUCCAAACCUGACAGCAUCUGCAAUCAUGUUGACGCCCAUCCUGCUGUGGUCGACAACGGUGCGAAAGUACGACGCCCAAGGGAUUGUAAUAUGGUGGGGGUGUCUCGUGUUCGCUGCAUUGGCCUGUCUCUUGUACAACAUCAAUGGAUUCGAACUGGAUACAUUGAACUCUUUUGCGAUCUGCGCGAAAGACUGUAUACCAUCAUCUGAUGUAGAAUCCUAUUCUUUCCCGUUUGCGGUCUACCAGAAUUGUAAUUGUAUGGACUUUUGCGGGACAUUGAGCCCAACGGCGCCAAUGCGGAAAGGAGCCAAUAUGGUUCCAUGGUUCGAUGCUGUCAAGACCGAAAACGUCGUUAACAGACCAUUCUUCCAGGACAUCUUCGACAUCAACAUCGUUGCCCUUUGCUUUAUUGUGAUCUAUGGAAUAAUGGGUCUCUUGAUAAGUCGAUACAAUCCUGACGAAGUUCGCAACGGGAUUUUUCGAUUCUGCAACUCGGACUUACGAUUGUGGCUCAAAGUUAUCUUUGAAGGAGAGCGGGAGGAUCGUGCUCUUGCAUACUUCCAUGUCAAAGAAAAGAAUACUCGUCGCACAUUGUGGAAGAAGUGUAAAUACGUCUUUGCCAAGGCGAUGGCUACAUCCUUCUCGUUUACUGCAGGCGCCACUGCCAUCAUCUGCCCUGCAGUCUUCGUGUCAAGUGUCAUUGCAAACGAAUUCAUGAUUCAGACAUAUCCUGUCAGUGAAUACAGUGAUGCUGUUGGUGCAUGGGGAACCUGGGUUGGUGCACUGCUUGUUUUGAUGGCUGCGAUCAUAAACAAAUACGGCGACUCAUGGUUACGAACGCUUCGAGUUGUUCUAUAUUCUAUCUGGCGGCUCGUCAAGUACUCCAGCAGUGAUAGGAAGAAAUUGUACCCGAAAUCGGACGACUGGAAAAUCUCAACAAGACUGGUGCUAUUUGGCUUGGUACUUGGAAGCCCUUUCGAACAUUCAUUCUGGAGUUUAAGGCGGGGUUACUGGACCUUCAAGACGACGAUACAUUUCUUCUUCGUGUGGUGGAGAGACACCGAGAACGCUUCUCAGCAACGCGGCAAAGCCAUUGAGGCUGCAUGGGAAACAGAACGAGUCAAAGUCCCUGGUGGGAAGCCAGAAUGCCCAUGUUAUGUCUGCAAGCAUGACGAAGAAAAGCGACUCGAGAAAGAAGCACAUGAGGCGAAGGAGAAGACCUUGCGACUUCAUUACGACAGCUCCAAUGCAGCUUCGGGUGCGCUACUAGUGCCAUGCGCUCUCUCUGUAUCACCUUCAGGGCAAUCGACUUCUUCACUGCCCUUGAAAACCCCGUCGAUCGAUGUCAACGAGCUACCUCUAAAGGUACAGAACAUAGAGCUAAGCAGUCAAGGACGACCUGCUUCACCUCCGAAUGUCCCACUGCCAACUCCUCGCUCCACUUUUGCUAGACAGAACACCAACGAAAGUUUGGCCUAGCCUUUGCAAGCUUUCCUUCUCAAAGCUUGUGUUAGAAUCUGUUUAAGAUAUUCCUGGACUAGGGGAUGAAGCUGUGUCAUUGUAUGGAUGGUAUUGGCCAAUUCAUUUUUAGCACUGUAGUAUGUUGUGUCUUGGAAGGAUUUAUAAGCUACGAUACCCCUUAGUAUAAAUUAAAGCGUUGUUAUUGUCAGUUCGAUGUCAGUUAUGAUAUAUUCUAUGAAGUCGCUAGAAGGUGGAGU